GCUGGCUCCGCGGGGCAGACGCGCGGCGGGCACCCGCGAGCCCGGCGGUGGCGGGCGGCGGGCGCGGCGCAGCCUGCGCUCCCUGCCUGGGCCUCCCCGGCCCGGAGCCGGCACCGGGUUCAGCCGAAGCUGUCUCCGCAGAAAGCACUCCUGGACGCCAGGGCGGAAGUGGCUUCAGCCCCGCGGAGCCCCGACCGCAGGCUAUGGCCAGCCGGUGCUCAGGGGCCCGCAGGGAUGGGUGAAGCCCGGCAGGCCUGUGGCACUUACCAGGGGCCACCGUCUCACUAGGGCCCCAAGGUGGCGGCGUUAGGAUGCAGCUCUCGGCCGCGCUCAACGCCCUGCUGGUGUCGGUGCUGGCGGCGGUGCUGUGGAAGCACGUGCGUCUGCGCGAGCAUGCGGCCGCUUUGGAGGAGGAGCUGGCCCUCGGCCGACAGGCCCCCGAGGCAGCCUCGGCCCCGAGGAUCGACUACCCGAAGGCGCUGCAGAGCCUGGUGGAGGGCGGCACGCACAUGGUGUGCACCGGGCGCACCCACACCGACCGCCUCUGCCGCUUCGAGCGGCUCUGCUACUCCAACGAGGCCGAGGAGUUCAUCUUCUUCCACGGCAACAGCUCCGUCAUGCUGCCCAACCUGGGCUCCCGGCGCUUCCAGCCCGCCCUGCUCGACCUGUCCACCGUGGACGACCACAACACCCAGUACUUCAACUUCCUGGAGCUGCCGGCCGCCGCCCUGCGCUUCCUGCCCAAGCCCGUGUUCGUGCCGGACGUGGCCCUCAUCGCCAACCGCUUCAACCCCGACAACCUCAUGCACGUCUUCCACGACGACCUGCUGCCCCUCUUCUACACCCUGCGCCAGGUGCCCGGCCUGGCCCGCGACGCCCGGCUCUUCUUCAUGGAGGGCUGGGCCGAGGGCGCGCACUUCGACCUCUACAAGCUCCUCAGCCCCAAGCCGCCGCUCCUGCGGGCCCAGCUGAAGGCCCUGGGCCGGCUGCUGUGCUUCCCCCGGGCGUUCGUGGGCCUCACCAAGACCACCACCUGGUACCAGUACGGCUUUGUCCAGCCCCAGGGCCCCAAAGCCAACAUCCUGGUCUCGGGCCACGAGAUCCGGCAGUUUGCACGGUUCAUGACGGAAAAGCUCAACGUGAGCCACGCGGGGGGCCCGCUGGGCGAGGAGUACAUCCUGGUCUUCAGUCGCACCCAGAACAGGCUCAUCCUGAACGAGGCGGAGCUGCUGCUGGCGCUGGCCCAGGAGUUCCAGAUGAAGACGGUGACGGUGUCCCUGGAGGACCACGCCUUCGCAGAUGUCGUGGGGCUGGUGAGCAACGCCUCCAUGCUGGUCAGCAUGCACGGGGCCCAGCUGGUCACGGCCCUCUUCCUGCCCCGGGGGGCCACCGUGGUCGAGCUCUUCCCCUAUGCCGUCAACCCUGACCACUACACCCCUUAUAAAACGCUGGCCACACUGCCUGGCAUGGACCUCCACUAUGUCGCCUGGCGGAACACGGUGCCAGAGAACACGGUCACGCACCCCGAGCGGCCCUGGGACGAGGGGGGCAUCGCCCACCUCGACCAGGCCGAGCAGGCCCGUAUCCUGCAGAGCCGGGAGGUCCCACGGCACCUCUGUUGCCGGAACCCUGAGUGGCUGUUCCGAAUCUACCAGGACACCAAGGUGGACAUCCCAUCCCUCAUUCAAACCAUACGGCGCGUGGUGAAGGGCCGGCCGGGGCCGCGGAAGCAGAAGUGGACGGUCAGCCUGUACCCAGGCAAGGUGCGGGAGGCGCGGUGCCAGGCGUCGGUGCAGGGCGCCGCCGAGGCCCGCCUCACUGUCUCCUGGCAGAUCCCAUGGAACCUCAAGUACCUGAAGGUGCGGGAGGUGAGGUACGAGGUGUGGCUCCAGGAGCAGGGGGAGAACACCUAUGUGCCUUACAUCCUGGCCCUGCAGAACCACACCUUCACCGAGAACAUCAAGCCCUUCACCACCUACCUGGUGUGGGUCCGCUGCAUCUUCAACAAGCUCCUCCUCGGACCCUUUGCAGACGUGCUGGUGUGCAGCACGUAGCGAGUGCGCCGAGGCCGGGCCCCGGGGGUGGCCCCUCCAGCUCAGUGUCCCUGGGCCCGCUAACCCCCGUGGUGGCUUCCGGGAAUUGUGUGUUUAUUUAUUGAGCAGGCCUGCCCCGGGCCUGUGCCCCCGUGUCCUCUUACUGCAUCUGGGGCGUGGGGUUCGCAGCACUCCUCUGUGCCCUGUUGUGGGGGGACACCCCCCUCCCCACCCCCGGCCCCUUCUCCCUCCUGAGCAUCCAUUCCCCUGGAGAAGGUCCUUAGGGGAGGAGGAGAAGGAAGGUAAGAAUCCCAAGGAACCUCUUUGGCUGAGUGAUCAUGCUGUUUCUUACCGCGUCUUUCUGGUUGGUACCCAGGUUUCUGGAAAUGGCAAGUAAUCAGUCACGGUGGUUUAGGCAAGUGGUUCAUCAGCUUCCAUCACCGUAAAAUCCACCUGCAUUCAUUAAAUGAUUAUUAACAUCUUA